CGAUCAGCGGUGGCAGACGGUGUCGGUGCAGGCAGCUGUAGUUUCGCGAUUUAAUGUAAACCUUUGAGAACGUGUUUGUUUCAUUAGUUUGACAAACUUGCUAAUUAGAGUAGUAUGUAAAUACGUGGCGGGACACCCUAAGUGCGCACCGGUGACUUCGGCUUCCACAGUCGACAUCCUCCGCUUUCGCCAACGCACGUACUCACUUUUGUGGCGGGAACUCUUAUGCCUUUGUAGUAGGUGCAACUAGAAUUUCGUCCGUAUUAACGAAAAUUUAGCAUCGUUGGACCUGUUUACGAUAUCUGGUGGUUGGUUCGAUUCAGGACAGUGAAGUACGCAAUCAGAUCUUCGCCUAGUGCAUUUUCUUUUGCCGCCUGUUCUCCCGUCUGCACAGGACGUACUAGGCCCUUGAGAACAGUCAUUUCCUAACAAACUCCAAAGAUACUGUCCAACUGCAGUCACCGCUUGUAUGUGGCUUCUAAAUCAAAUUCACACGUCAUGCGUGGUAGAGGCCCGAUUCUUGCACUGCUAGAGUGAGAUCGUGCUCUUGUUUCUUUCGGUAUGUCGUAAACCGACGCCUGGCCCGAUCCGUUCGAAGUCAAAGUCUGCGACUCGGGCAGAGAGUAAAACAAGCAAGAUGGAAUGUCUGAUGCCAUCGGAAGUUGCCCGCUUGGUGCUCGGUUACCUAAAAUCGACUGGCUGCCAAACCACCUGGGAGUCGUUCCUGAGGGAGAGUCCGGACUUGAAAGAAUAUGCAGAGUGUGCCCGCAGGGGCAGGGAGUACCCGACCAACAUCGGCGGGAAGAACCUCCUGCAGCUUCUUGAUACAGGCUACCAGAUGGCACAAAGCCAAGGUGCUGGUGGUUCUCCAGGAGACCUUUUGACAAAUAUUGACAAAAUGGUCACUCAGGUCAAAGACAUGCUCUCCCAGCUAAAUUCUGCAACUGGAGAAAACUCGCGGCGGAUUUCUGACGUUCUUUCUCUGUCCACGAGCCAGGCAGGAACACUUCCAGUAAAUGGGACGUUCAUGGCAGCUGACUUGAGCACAGCACCUUUGACACGACCACCGGCCCCACCACCGCCCCAGCUGAUGCCGCAGAACCAACUGAGGACAGCCGUCACCGACUUUGCAAUCUCGCAGUCUUCGACUACCCCCUUGCAGCUCCCGCACCACCCUCAGUUGCACGGCCAUGGCGGCGACACCCUAAGCUACCACUUGCACACCAUUCUGCCCCCCAUGGGCAUGCUCCAGCCUCCCCCUCCGAGCCCGCUGAAGAAGAAGACACAGCACCCCUCCGACUCGAGGUUCGAACCCCCCGAGAAGGACCAGGGGUCAUCUUCGAGUCUGCACGACCUCCUCGAACAGGUGUCGCCCACCAAAGGUCCCCCCACUCUCGGCGCGGGGACUCCGGAACGGGGAGGACGUGAACAGCAGUUCGGUGCCUACGAGGAGCGCUUCCUGGCGUACAUGAACUCUCUCCCACGCCCGGUACUGUCGCGGUCGCACCCUCCCUACAUCGAACAUGAAGAGCCGGUGCGCGAUUCUGGGAUCGACCUCCGGAAGCGGACUACGGACGGGCACUCGUCGGAGCGACUGGAACGGCAGCCUGGGUUGGUCCGGCCCACCGUGUCUUCGGCGGGAAGUACGGACUUUGAGAAGCGGACUGAGGCCGAGGGAUGCGACCGAGAGCUGCAGGAGGCUUCGGCAGGUCGGCCCACAGCCACCGUAACUGACCCGGACUUCAACGCCGAACCCGCGAGCGAGGGCUUCGAGAUCACGGAGACGCAGACGGAGCUGAGCGAGGAGAUCGACGUGGAGGGGAGCUCACGCAACCCUUCGCCACUUAGCGAGGAGGCCGCGGCUGCGGCGAGUGGCGUCGGCCCUGACGGUUCGGCCACACCGGCGGCCGUUCCGAUGUCCGAAGGGGUCAUGGAGACACCCCCGCCACAUCAAAGGCCCCCGGCACGCCGGAGCCCCGUUGCCACGGAAACGCCGGAGAGCCUGGAAGCACCUCCGUUACCCCAGAGAUAUCCGGAGCCAACCUCUCCACGCUUCAUCCUUUCACAAGAGCGAUCUCUCGUACCCUCGCUCUCAACCCCGAUCAAGGAGGUGCGCUUCAACACUGAGCGUUUCAAUUCGCCACGCCGAAAAAGCUUGAUACCGAGGCGGCGGCUCAUCUCCGCACGUUCCCCUGCACCUAACCGGGGCACAGAUGCUGCGGUUGCGUCCAACUCACCCGAAGAGUCCAUUGAGGCUAUCCUUCAGGAGCUGCUGAGCAGCUCGCCCUUUGUGGCCAAGCUGGUGGAGAACAUCAACCAGGUGGUGAGGACGGACGGCACGGUGGCAUCCUGCAGCGAGCAGCCCUCGGAGCCCCCGCCAGAGGAUUGUCCGCCCGAGACAAGGGCCAUCGUCUCUUCCCAGGGUAUUAAUUUGCCCGACUCAAUGAUCAGAGACAUUCUAAACAAGACUGAGAAUGAUCCAGUCUUCGAACGAGUCCUCUCUCAAAUGUGUGAUAGACUAGACACCACAAACGAUGCACCCGUGACCAUGGUCACUCCCAGGUCGAAAGGCCCGGCCGGCUCGAGACAGCACAGGGGCAGCGGAACUCCCAAAACACCGUCGUCGCAGCCUCCGACGACUCCGCAGCUCUUGAGGAGCAUAAUGGAGUCCCCGUGUUCGUCGCCUCUAGCAAAACCUUUGCCCAGCUCGCCAUCCUUGUGUCAUCACGAACAAGUUGUCGCUUCAAGUCCAGCUGCGCCUUCAGAGACAUGUGCAGACUCUCCAUUCAAGACCCCUUCGAAAGCACCAUUGAGAACGCCGUCAAAGACGCCGUUAAAGACACCGUUAAAGACGCCAUCAAAGACGCCGCCGAAGAUGUCGCCGAAUACGUCGCCGACAUUGCCAGUGCGUGUGUUGUCAACUUCCGUGGACGCCGGAGGACAGACCGUGACGUGCAUUUCGAUUCCUGACUUGCCCGAGAAAGAAACAGGAGGAGGGAAGAGCCUGAAAACGCUGGCGGACAUUGUGGACUCUGUGCUCACGCCCGAAAACAAGUUGGCCCUGAGCCAGUCUGAGAGGGUUCCCGGCACGACGACUGUUGCAACGCCCCCGUCGCCAAGCUGCCCGCCUUCGCCCAUGGUGACUCCGCAGCAGCAGGCAGUGUUCAUCUGCCAGGACGGCACCCGGGUGCUGCUCCGGGCGGAGGAGACAGUCACCGCGCAGCUGCACCACCCAAACGCCCAGCUGGUGCACCCCCCAGGCACCGUGGUGCUUGCCACGGGGGGGCAGACCAUGACCCCGUGCAAGGUUGUCCUCUCCGACAUCCGCACCGUCUCCGGCUUCCCCGGCCAGCAGCUGUACGGCACCACCUCCAACACGGUGAACGUCAUCGUGCCUCGGAAGUCUCCCGCAAAGAAGCGGCUGCCCCUGCUUCAACCCAAGGGGCACGUGCCGUCGCAGUUUCCUCCGCGGCCUCUGCAAAUGGCCCCCAAACAAAUUGUAAAAAAGGCAGCAAGCUGCGAGCAACGAAGUCGGCUUCGCGCCAUGACGCACAUGAACGAACUCCUCAAGCAAGGGCGCACCGCCAUCAGCCAGUGCAAUCUGCGCAAUCCGACCGUAAUUCAACCCGGAUCCACGGUUCCGAUCCAGGCCAAGCCGGGGCAAGUGGUUCACUUCAUCGUGCCCCAUGAACGCCAGCCGAGCGAAUCCAAUGGGCCGUCGCAGGGUGUGCGGCAGAGUCCCAAGCGUGGUGCCACGGCCACGACAACGUUGAGGUUGACGGAACGGGUCUCCAAAGAGCCAAGCCUGGGAGCCAGCACAUCUCAGAAGUCUGCGGCGGUGGCCAUCAUUUGCGGCGCCGGCCCGAAGCCGAACCUCAGCAAGAGUCCGCAGCUCAAAUCGCUCGCCAAGGUCGCCUCGAGGUGCAUCUCUUCAAAGAAGCACGUUCGGGUGUUGAAUUUCGAGAGCUGCUCCGAGGACGCCUUGGAUGCCCCGGAGGUGAGGGUGGUGAGGGAGGACAUGGCAAAAACGAUUGCAUCCAUUGGGACGACCCUGGCUGGGGCCAUGCAACGAGCUCUGCUCAGUGUGGCCGACGACAAUGUCAGCAAUGCUUCUGAAACGUCUUCGUCGGAGCUGUCGGGAGAGCGUCGGUCACACAAGAGAAAAUCGGUCUCAAAGGUGAACAGGAACUUGAAAAGGUCGAAAAAUGAGGAUUCUCUGAAAAGUAUGGACGUAAACAAAUUUUUGGACAAGAUUCACAAAUAAGUGCACCACCUGUGUUUAUUCGAACAUGAAAGCGGCAUCUAAUAAUUGUUACGUCAUUUGUCAUUUUUUGCCCUAUCAUGUUGUUCCCCCCCCCCCCAAGGAACCCAACUGGCACCCCAGAGUGGAUCAAGAACUGCCCACAAAGAUGUUGUAUUGUACAUAGUAUUCGACUGGACUUUCAUGGGGCACAAAUAUUCUAGUACAUUUGUAUAUUGACAGUUCUUUUAUGUACCCUAGCCUACCUUGUAUUAUGUAUUAUGUGGUGUGUCUUUUAAUUAACUAUACUCCUGGUUACUAUUCCCUAAUGUUGGUUUCAGAAGUUUGUUUUAUUUCUGGUGAAUUCUACUUUUAUGACAAAUGCCAGUGUCUAAAAUUUUAUGUUUAAAACUAAGUAUCUUUUUUUUUUUUUUUUUAAUUUUAUACCUGGCAUUGUUUAAAUCCUAUUUGCAGAAACCAGGGUCUGGUACCUCUGUUGUUUUAACAAUAAUUAGUGCUGAUUAAAAAUAGUCUGUUUGCUAUUAAAAUGUUGAUGUCAGUCCUUAAUUUAGUCUGGCUCUUUUUAUCAGUGGAAACCAUGGAGAAGUUUCCAUGGACUCGGGUCAAGCCUUUUAGACCAAACCGACAUUGCCAACUGAAUUUUACUGCAUUGACAUUGACCAGUAAGUGAAUAUUGCAUGUAUCUGACAUGCAAGUAGCAUUGUGAACAUGAUUCUUUUAUAAGGCCAAAAUAUUUUGAGAAGCCUUCAGAUGUGUGAUGAACAAAUUGUGUGCCUUUGAGCACUAUAUGCUUGGACCAAUGUUUGGUUCAGUGUCUUUUGUUGUGGCUCAAUGCUCCCUGUUUGAGUGUAGUAUGAGGUAGCUGCAUUUAUGCAAUGGUGCAUUGAACGAUGGGGUCAUCAUUAAAUAAAAACUUUACCGUA